GUAAUAAACAGAGCCUUGAAAGGGUAAUAGCGUGAGCAGUAACGGUUAAAGAAAAGGUGCUUUGGUGGCGCAACGUCCCCAUCCAAAUUCCAAACCACCAAAAGCCACUCCCAUUUUUCUCACUCACUACUGUUUUUCUUCUUCUUCUUCUUCUUCUUGGGUCCAUUUCUUUGUCAGCAUUAACCCAUCACAAUUCCAACUCCAUUCUAUAUAAACAACAGCAAAAUAAAUAUUAGUAAUAAAUACCUGAUUUGUAACUUUUUCCUUUUCCCUUUCUCCAAUCCAAACUCAAAUCUUCACUUUUCUGCUCCAAUCAUGUCUACUUUCCCCCCGUUUUCUUCCAGAAUGUGAUUGUUUGGCGAAAACAAGAGAGCGAGUGAAGCGUGAUGGAGUGGGUGAAGAUGAAGGAGUGCGCGAGAGAGUUCAUGGUUGGGGUGGCGGAGAUGACGGUGGAGUUCGGAAAAGGUUGCAGAGACAUAGUCAAGCAGAGUUUGGUCAAUGAAGAUUCAUUUAUCGUCAAAAACUUAGGGAGAGAUUCCUACAUUGGAAAAAGACUCAGAGGACCCUGUGCCAAGCUUUUCGCCAAAUUGAGCUUCUUCAACGAGUAUUUGCCAGAGGAUAAGGAUCCUCUUCACGCUUGGUCCGUCAUUUUCUUCGUUUUCCUUCUCGCGUUCUUAGCUUUGUAUGUGAAUUUUGAGCGUGAUCCGGACGCGCCGCCGGUGAAGCAGGUGUUUCUGCAUCCUCCUAGUGCUUCUCGCGUUGUGCUUCCUGACGGACGGUACAUGGCGUAUAAGGAGCAAGGUGUUUCGUCUCAGAAAGCUAGGUUUUCCAUCAUUGCUCCUCAUAGUUUUCUUUCCUCCCGGCUUGCAGGGAUUCCUGGAGUUAAAGAUUCUCUGCUGGAAGAGUUUGGUAUUCGUUUGUUGACGUAUGAUCUUCCUGGUUUUGGUGAGAGUGAUCCUCACCCCAACCGGAACCUGGAAUCCUCGGCAACAGAUAUGGCAUGUUUAGCGGAUGCUCUCGGUGUGAACAAGUUUUGGGUUGUUGGUUAUUCAAGCGGGAGUAUGCAUGCUUGGGCUGCACUUAGAUACAUUCCUGAUAGGCUUGCUGGUGCGGCCAUGUUUGCUCCCAUGGUGAACCCAUAUGAUCCUAUGAUGACGAAGGAAGAGAGACGAAGAACUUGGAACAAAUGGACACGGAGAAGAAAAUUCUUGUACUUCUUAGCCCGGAGGUUUCCUAGAUUUCUAGCCUUCUUCUAUCAGCGAAGCUUCUUGUCUGGAAAGCAUGGACAGAUUGAUAAGUGGCUGUCGUUAUCUCUGGGAAGGAGGGAUAAAGCACUGAUGGAAGAUCCAAUUUAUGAGGAAUUCUGGCAAAGGGAUGUGGAGGAAUCAACCAGACAAAGAAAUGUGAAACCCUUUGUGGAGGAAGCUGCUUUGCAGGUCUCAAAUUGGGGUUUCAGCCUUUCGGACCUCAAGUUGCAGAAGAGGAAACCGAGUAGUGAGUUACUCAGUUGGCUGAAAUCAAUGUUCACUGAAACUCAGGAAUAUAUAGGAUUUCUUGGCCCUAUACAUAUAUGGCAAUGCAAAUGUUAAACAGGGAAUGGAUGAUAAAGUGGUUCCCCCAUCAAUGACUGAUUUUGUGCACCGUGUGCUACCCGGAGCCGCAGUACAUAAACUCCCAUAUGAAGGCCAUUUCACUUAUAUAUACUUUUGUCAUGAAUGCCACCGCCAG